CAGAGACGCACACAGGGAAAAGACAGGAGGAAGCAGAGGGCUUUUGAGGGCGGUUACAGAAGUCUCAGGUGGAUUGGGGUGAUUAGAUUUCAGUGUCCCACAGUGGCCCAGAAGGAAAGAGCAGAAUUUCCCACUCUCCCUUUUCCUGCUCCUUCUCCUAAGCUGGGCUCCUGGGACUGGCUGGGCCAACAAGAGUGGGAGAGACCGAGUGCUGGAGAUUCAGCGUGGAGAAGAGGGCUUCUCUGCUGACGUGAUAGCUAAGAGGGUCACAAGGCUAGACACAGUGGCAUGAGGCAGGGGGCAGAAAUGUGAGGAUUCCUGAAAAAAGGAGACACCCACCAGUCCAGGUGAGAGUGGGCUCAGGAGAGCUUGGACUCCCCAGAAACAAUGACAAGGAGCUACUUGGAGGGUGUACCCCUCCCAAUCCAGCCUGAGAAUGGCUCUGCCUCCGAGCCCCCUGGCCAUGGAGUAUGUCAAUGAUUUCGACUUGAUGAAGUUUGAGGUAAAACGAGAACCUUCUGAGGGGCGAUCUGGCACCCUCGCAGCCUCAUUGGGCUCCACACCUUACAGCUCAGUGCCUCCUUCACCCACCUUCAGUGAGCCAGGCAUGGCGGGGGCCACCGAGGGCCCUCGGCCAGGCCUGGAGGAGCUGUACUGGCUGGCCACCCUACAGCAGCAGCUGGGGGCUGGGGAGACCCUGGGGCUGAGUCCUGAGGAGGCGGUGGAGCUGCUGCAGGGUCAGAGCCCAGUCCCUGUUGAGGGGCCCCACGGCUACUACGCAGGGAGCCCAGAGCAGACAGGAGCGCAGCAUGCCCAGCUGGCCGAGCGCUUUUCCGACGCGGCUCUGGUGUCGAUGUCUGUGCGGGAGUUAAACCGACAGCUGCGGGGCUGCGGGCGCGACGAGGCGCUGCGGCUGAAGCAGAGACGCCGCACGCUGAAGAACCGCGGGUACGCGCAGGCCUGUCGCUCCAAGCGGCUGCAGCAGCGGCGCGGGCUGGAAGCGGAGCGAGCUCGCCUGGCCGCCCAGCUGGACGCGCUGCGGGCCGAGGUGGCCCGCCUGGCCAGGGAGCGCGACCUCUACAAGGCUCGUUGUGACCGGCUGUCCUCCAGCGGCCCCGGGUCCGGGGACCACUCCCACUUCUUUCUCUGAGCCACUUGGGGCCGCGGAAUGGUGGAAUAGGUUGGGGUGGGGGUCACCAUCCAGGAGGCAGCUGUCCCAUUCACUAAGUGGUUAUUGAGCUCCUUCUGGUGCCAGACACUCCUUUGUAUGACCACAGAAAUAUACCCAAACUUCUUGGACCCUCAAGGCAUGCUCCGAGGUUAGAUGAUGGUCAUUUUCUGGGAGAGGGUUCCCUUCCCCUCAAGCAGGCCAUGCACAGAAAUCCUCUACCUUCUGCCCAAAUCCACAUGCUCAGGCCUGUGUGUGUGUGGAGUGGCGGGGCUGGGGGGAGGGGGGAGGGCAG